AUGGAGAGUGAAGUGAGUUGUUCAAAACGAAAAGCUUCUCGACUAGCAAAGUUUUUGCUACUGCAACAUAGAACAUCAUUUGAACGAGAAAAACAUCACGAAACUGAAAAUAUUUACAUUUCUUUUGCUGGAGUCAAAUCAAAGCUGAACUCCUUCUUGAGCAGCUUUACAAGACUGAUUCUUAGAUUAAUGUUCCAUUGA